AUGCGGAGCGCUUUCAAGCGCUACAAGCUGCUGAAACUUGCGAUGGGAGAAGAGAAGAUCCCUAAGAAAGGUGGUGCCCGCGACCGGUGGAUUGAGCGGAGCACGGUGCUGUACGACCUCAUCCUACAGUCGGUCAACAACGAUAUGUUCCAGCAUAUCAAAUAUUUGGUGGAGCUGGACGACUCCGGACCGAAGGCGUGGAAGCUGCUACGCGACGUGGUACAACCCAACACGCUGCCGAUGGUGAUCGUAUUGGAGAAGGAGCUGGCUGCCCUCUCCAUGCGGCCGGGAGACGAUGUGAAGCCGGUGCUUGACAAGAUCAAGGACACUUAUGCGAGGAUGGCAGCGGCGGGCAGCAAGGUGUCGGAGAUGCAGCAGUGCACCAAGAUCAUCUCGGUGCUCGACAACUCGUGGGACAACCUCAUCCCCACCCUCAAUGUUCAGCAGGACAAGUGGACGCCUGAGUGGCUACGGCAGCAGAUCCUGCAGGAGGACUUCCGCAGGCGCCACACGGGAGGUGGUGCUGCCAACAAGACUGCUGAGGGGUAUGGAGCUGCAGGAGGCAGCAGAGGAAGAGGGGGAGGGAGAGGCCGAGGCCGUGGGAGAGGCUUUGGCAGAGGAAGAGGCCGAGGUGACUACAAUGAAGGGCAUGGGAGCUCUGGUGGCAGGGGGAGCACCCGAAUGGAGGGUGCGUGCUGGUACUGCAAGAAGGCUGGACACCCGUGGUUCAAGUGUUUCAGCCGGCCUGAGGGAUGGGCGCCCCCAGGCAUGAAGCCGCCAAGUGGUGAACGCGCGCGAGGUGGCGCUGUGCAAGGUUCAGGUGCACAAGGUGAUGGUGCACAAGUUGGGAAGGUUGUGAUGCACCCCCUCACUCACUGGGUGAUUGAUUCAGGUUGCACGAGUCACAUGACUCCGCGGGCAGAUUUGCUUGAUGAGGUGAAACCCCCCGGGAAGAUCAAGUUUGUGGCUGCCGCUUCAGGUGCUUUGCUCCCUGUGAUUGGUGUUGGGAAUGCUAAGGUGAUGGGAGCCAAUGGGGGACUUGUGGGACUUGGGAAUGUCCUACUUGUUGAAGGUUUAUCCGCUAACCUCCUCUCUGUGCGCCGGCUGCAGAAAAGCAAGGCCAAAGUUACGUUCGGCCCAACCAGCUGCCGUGCGAAGCUUGGGAAGUUGCUGCUGUGGGAUUUGGAGGAGAAGAGCAGCUGCAUCAAGGACCUGUGGCAGCUGCCCAUCAUCCCUUGGAAUGGGAAACCACCAGCAACGGCAAAGGCAGCGGCAGCGGCUAAGGCAACUGCGGGAGGAGAGGAGACUGCACCAACUGCUGGGGCCCUGGAUGCAGUCAAGAAGGUGCAGCAGCCACAGCAAUCACAUGGUGAGGUGCUUGCUGGUGUGGAUGCAACGGCUGCAUGGGCGAAGGCUUCAUCUAGGAGUGGUGAGGCCGAUUGGGAGACGUGGCACGAGAGGUUGUGCCACAUCAACAUUCCGAUGCUGCAGAAGUUGGUGAAGGAUGGGAGUUUGAAGGGGCUGGAGGUGAAGGGGGCAGCGAAGGAGAUUGGGAGCUGCCCUACGUGCCUUGAGACGAAAUUCACCAAGUUCCCCUUCAGCAGCAGCACGGGACCAGCCAAGGCACCACUUGCGCUUGUGCACAUGGAUGUGGUGGGCCCUACGAGGGCCCCUUCUCUCUCGGGCAGCCGCUAUUUCCUGACCAUUGUGGACGACCACACGCGUGCGGUGUGGGUCUACCCUCUCAAGGCGAAGGGGGAGGUGGCAGCGGCUGUUCUCAAGGAGUGGAUGCCGAGAGCUCAAAGGGAGAGCGGACACAAGGUGAAGGUGAUCCGCACCGACAACGGGGGAGAGUUCAUUGGCGCUGAUUUUGAGAAGGAGCUGAAGCGGAAGGGGAUCCAGCAUCAGCUCACAGUGCCCUACAACCCGCAACAGAAUGGCGUGGCUGAGCGGUUCAACCGGACCCUGCAGGAAGGUGCUCGCACUCUCCUUGGGCGUGCAGGGCUGCCGGAUCCGUUUUGGGUGACUGCACUGAGGCAGGUCGUUGUUGUGAAGAACAGGGUGUUGGCGACCAUGGGGGACAAGCAGUGGAUCCCCUACACCAAGUGGUAUGGGAGUGCACCAGCAGUCAACAUGCUGAGAGCGUUCGGCUGCAUGGUGGUGUUUCAUGUGCCGAAGGAGAAGAGGGGAAAGCUGGAAGCUUCUGGGAGAUGGGGUGUGCAUUUGGGGCUUGCUAAGGAUCACAAGGGCUGGCUGAUUUGGGACUUGACCAGCCAGCAGCUGACUGUGUCGAGGGAUGUGAAGUUCCUCGAGUCCUUGUACUACAAGGAGUGGAAGCAGCAGCAGCAGAAGCUUCCUACGACACCGCUGAUCAUUGAGGCCGAUGAGGUGCAGCGGCCUUCAAGGCAGGUGGAAGUCUCCGUGUCGGGGGAGGAGAUUUCUGGGUUGACUGAGGAUGGGGGAGAACCUGAGGUGGAGGAGCAGCAGCAGCAGCUGCAGCAGCAGCAGCAGCAGCAGUAG